UUCGUGUUGCAACACAAACGCCCGAGCUCGUGUGUAGUCAUCUUUAGGAGAAAACAGACAUCUUUUAUCUUUUAUCCCCCUUUUUCUGAGACAAACUGAACCGCAGAGGAUUAUUACAAACCACGGAUGGAUUAUAAUAGAGGAAAUUUGUGUGGGGGGAAAAAAUCACCACAAUCAAUAUAAUACUAAUAAGCGCUUUUGUCACGUGGUUGGAGUAGACCAAUCGGAGCCAGCUGGAAAGCAUGCUUCUUUGUUCGGAUAUUUUGCCAACUUUACCCCCCAAAUUUGACCCUGUUUUUCUGCAGAAAUCACCCGAUGUGGGGACAGAGGGGGAUAUUUUUUGUUAGGAGAAACGGACAAACAGUGGAUACUUUUCUUAUGGCGUUUUAUUGCUCCGUUUUCGCAGUAUGCCACGUGUUCAGGGCUCAUUUUCUUUUUCUUUUUUGUCAAUCACAUGACUACCCCUCCCUUCCCCUCCCCCCUCCACCCCGGCGGCGGGGAAUGGGAGAAGAAGGCGGACAUGUUUGAGGGGAAAUGUGUUGGUGUUAAAAAGUAUCGAGGUGGAAGACAAGAAGAUUAUGUGAAGACAGGUUUCUCGCUUUUUAUCUUUUUGGGAUUUACCUUUUUAUUUUUACAUUUUUUAAAUUUUGUUUAUAAAGUUUUUUUUUAUGUCGAACAUUGGAAAUAUUUAUUUAUUUAUUUUUAAAAAAAUCUAAAAUUUGGUUAAGUGUGUUUUAAAGUUAUCACACCCUUUUUUAUUUAUUAAGAUUUAAUAAUGUUAGGCCAUAAUUGUUAGUUUCCAUCGUUUUACUUUGAGUGACAUUGCAGAGGGGGAUUUGUAACCUUGGUGUGGGGGAUGGGCGCGUGUGGUUAGGUAACCUGUUUUGUGGCUGUUAAGUUUGUAAAAUGUUGAUUUUCAAGAUAAGAAACCUUUGUUAAGAUGUAUUAAUUUGGUGGGUUUUUGUGAUUUGGUUUUUAUUGCUCUAGUUUUGCUCUUAUAGUCUCAUUGGCUCUUUAGAGGUCAGGUAUGAUAAAUGUAAUUUCAAGCUCAUAUCACACCAACUUUCUUGUGCGUUUUCUUUUCUUUUUAAUUUGUGUGGUUGUUUUAUUUAGUAAUUAAAUGUAGUUUCAGGGCAGUGAGGGGGGAAAACUGCUGUGUCAUUCAGUGGACUUGUGGUUUUUUUUGAGGCCGUGCAUGGUGUUUUGUUACCUUUGCGUUGUUGAUAUAGUGUAAUAUUAAUAUAGGUUACAGUAGAUUUAGUGAAAAUUGUAAGGUGUCUUUUAUUUUGUUUGGUUCUUUACUUGUUUGUGAGGCGUGGAGGCCUUUUGGUUAGGACUGGAUGGGUCCUCCAAAUGUGGCCUUAUUAUCAUGCACUUCUGCAUUUAACACAGUGCAUUCCGUGUGUAAGCGACUUAUGCAGCGUUUUGUAACUUUAGCUUGAUGUUUAUUCUUGCGUACUUUAUAUUAUUCGACGAUAACACUUUGGUGUCAUUGUACUUCAAGAUGGCGCCUCUUCGCAGACACAGAAAUGCGGAUGUUCGGGUAAGAAGAGAGCUCGUGGGGAGAGGCUCUUGCAGGGGAUGCGCGUGACCCAGUGGAAGAACCAAUAGGCUUCUUGGUAUGCGCCCUGGAAGCCCGCGUUACAACCCUUCUGGCCAAUCACCGCCGUCGCUUAGAACACGUUGACGUAAUGUAAUAUGAUAAGGAGGAGGCUGACUCCUGUGCCUUCGUUGUUUGUGGCGGAUUACACGGAGCAGCCAAUCAGAGAGCGCGUUUCUGUGAGACUUAACUGACUCGGCCAAUAGUAUUGCGCAGUUUCCUUGACGGACAGCAAGAACUUGCGAAUAGGUGGGCCCGAAUCACAGUCACUGACGCGUCAUAGUGGCGGGGUGUGGUGACUUUGACGGACAGAGCAAGCAGCCAAUAGGAACUCAGAAGGCGUGUACGUUCUGAGGUAGUCUAUCCAAUAAGGGGAUGGGUCGGUGUAUAAAAGAACGGGUGUAGUCGCAUCGUCGCCAUUUCAGCGAAGCAGAUUGAGGUAGUUCGCUACGGCGGGGAGCGGAGAAACCGGACGAACAGAGUCGGAUCCUGGGUUGAGUCUAGCUAAAAAACAGAAUCCGGAUCCAUCCCCAUGGAUAUGGCUGUUAACCCGCUCCUUGACAGCUCCCAUGUCGGGCUUGAGGUCGGGUUAAUGGGAGUCUCGACGAUGGAUCAGGGUUCUGGCGCUGCCGGAAAACGCAUCCGAAAACCUUCCCUGCUUUAUGAGGGCUUUGAGAGUCCCGGGAUGCCCGGCAUCAAUCAGAUGACCGCUUCAGGACCUCCGCAGCCCCUGGUGAAAGAUCCCAGCCGACAGGGGAGGAUGACUAACCAACUCCAGUUCCUACAGAAAGUCCUGCUCAAGUCAUUGUGGAGGCACCACUUCGCGUGGCCCUUUCAUGAACCCGUAGACACGGUCAAGCUCAACCUUCCUGACUAUUAUAAGAUCAUCAAGAUCCCCAUGGACAUGGGCACUAUUAAGAAGAGACUAGAAAACAACUACUACCGCAGUGCCAGUGAAUGCAUGCAGGACUUCAACACCAUGUUUACAAACUGCUACAUUUAUAACAAGCCUACAGAUGACAUAGUGCUGAUGGCGCAGUCUCUGGAGAAGGCAUUUCUGCAGAAAGUGGCUCAGAUGCCCCAGGAUGAGUUGGAGCUGGGCCCUCCCCCUCCACGGAUUAAACCGGGCAAAGUAGGCAAAAAAGGCAGAGGAGGUGUAGUCUCUGGUGGAGUGACGACAGCUCAUCAGGUCCCAGCAGUCUCCCAGUCAGCGUACUCGCCCCCCACCCCAGAAACGCCUGACUCCAUCCUCUCCACCCCACCACAGACACUUCUGAGCAAGAGCCUGCCCAUUACCCAAGCAACAGAACAGAGCACACCAACCAUUACGGGUCUGCUUCCCACACAGCCCACCGCAAAGAAAAAAGGUGUGAAGAGGAAAGCAGACACAACCACCCCGAUAACCGUAGCCAUGCCCAUCAUGAGCACCAUGGGCGUCAGCGGCAUUAGCCUGGGGAUGGGCGGCGGGCACGACUCCCCACUCACUCUCACUUCUCUGGGGAUGGACCACAGCUCCAGCAUGGGGAUGGGUCAAGGCCUCAGCCUCAGCCAGAGCAUGGGUAUGGGUAUGGGUAUGGGCAUGGGGAUGGGUAUGGGCAUGGGCAUGGGCAUUGGCCGUGGGACAGUGAUGAUGGGCUCCAACGCAGCAGGAGGGGGCAGGAGAGGAGUGAGUGGACGGCCCAUUAAGCCUCCUAAGAAGGAUUUACCAGAUUCCAUUCUGCCCACACCGGUGCGCCGCAGCAAGCUGAGCCCCCAGCUGCGCUACUGCAGCGGCGUCCUGAAGGAGCUGCUGACCAAGAAGCACGCAGCGUAUGCCUGGCCGUUCUACAAGCCUGUCGACGCGACAACACUCGGUCUCCAUGACUACCAUGACAUAAUCAAACAGCCCAUGGACCUCAGCACCAUUAAGCGGAAGAUGGACAACAGAGAAUAUCGUGACUCCCAGCAGUUCUCUGCAGAUGUCAGACUUAUGUUCUCUAACUGCUACAAGUACAACCCCCCCGACCAUGAUGUUGUGGCCAUGGCCCGAAAACUCCAGGAUGUCUUUGAGUUCUGUUUUGCUAAGAUGCCAGACGAGCCCCCGGCACCACCUAGCUCUUCAUCCUCAUCAUCGUCGUCUUCAUCAUCAUCCGAGAGUGAGCUAAGCAGUGAGAGCGAGGAGAGCGAGAGCAGCCCCAGCUCUGACUCUGAGGAGGAGAGGGCGAACCGACUGGCGGAGCUGCAGGAACAGCUUAAAGCCGUACACGAGCAGCUCACUGCACUCUCCCAGGGUCCCAUCGUCAAACCCAAGAAAAAGAAAGAAAAGAAGGACAAGAAAAAGAAGAAGAAGGUGGAAAAAGAGAAGCACCGGAGGAUAGAGGAGGAGAUCACGCCAGUCCGGCCACCAAAACCCCCCAAAGUCACCAAGACUCCGAAAACCAAGAGCAACCGAGCGGUGGGCGUUCCUGUGGUGCCAACGAAGAAGGCCCCGAGCAAGAAAAACAACAAGAGCAAAUCCAAAAAGACCGGCAUGAUGUUUAACAUGCCUCAGGCGGUCCCCGAGCCCAUAGUGCCUCACUUCGACUCCGACGAGGAGGAGGAGACGGCACCCAUGUCCUACGACGAGAAGCGUCAGCUCAGCCUGGACAUCAACAAACUGCCCGGCGAGAAGCUGGGCCGCGUCGUUUACAUCAUCCAGUCCCGCGAGCCGUCGCUACGAGACACCAACCCGGAGGAGAUCGAGAUAGACUUCGAGACGCUGAAACCCUCGACGCUGCGGGAGCUGGAGAGAUACGUCAUGACAUGUCUGAGGAAGAAACCUCGAAAGCCGUAUGCGGCGAGUAAGAACAGUGCCGGCAAGUCCCGUGAAGAGCUUGCUCUGGAGAAACAGAUGGAGCUGGAGAGAAGGCUGAUGGACGUCAGUGGACAACUCAACUCUGGAAAGAAGCCCACUAAAGCCAAACAAGAGAAACCUGCAACAGAGGCUAACACCCAGCCGUCACGUCUCAGCGCCAGCAGCUCCUCCUCAGACUCCUCUUCAUCAUCCUCUUCCUCCUCAUCCUCAGACACAAGCGAAUCAGACUCCGGCUGAGAGGCAGAGGGGUUUCUACGGAGAGAAAAAAGGGUUGUGUGACGGACCCUGUUGUGUAUCGCUUCCCACCAAGUGGACUGAACUGUAGUAGAGCUACUGACGACAGAGCCGCAGGGCGGAUCAGACGAGACCAGCGACUAGGCAGAACUGGUCCGACUCUACAACACGUCUCAAACUAAGAAAGAAAGAGAGAGAGAGAGAGAGAGAGAGAGAUGGGGCUUUCCCUGCGCUCUGCUGACUCAUCCAUUUGUGUGACAGACAUAGAACAGUUGAGGAUGAAUGGAUGGAGAGGAGGAGACCCGUCGUUCUCUGGAGGACUGUCCUCGUGGGGCGGAGCGAGGGACACUCCAUCUCCUGCAAAUUAAAAAAUUAAAAAAAGGAGAAGAGCGACGCAUGUGUUAGAGGGAUAAGGGUGCUAGAACCAGAAUCUGUCUUAUUUCUGGAGAUGAUUUCCCUUCUUACCAUGCUCCCUGUCUUUAUGCUGUAUAGUUAUAAAGGUGUACAGUUAUAUAAAUAUCUAUUUUCUUUUAUAAAGAAGCAUUUUAUGGAGCAAAUUUAUUCCCUCAUUCUGGGAAAGAUGAACUGGUGUGGGCGGAGUUGUGUUUUAGUUGUUUUUUUUUUUUGUUUUUGUUUUUUUUCUCGAGUGACACAGAAGGUAGAGGGGAAACAAGUGUUUGUAU